GGAAGCGGAUCGGAAUUCCAGCUCCAGCUGAAGGGAAAACGGGUGGCAUUGGCACGUUGCAAAUCCGAGUUCAGCCCGGCACCGGUCUCAGAGCGGUCCAUUAACGAGAGCAGUUCUCCACCGCUCAGCGCCGGGCUCCCUUUGCACCGAAAGCUCGGCCGUAGCCUUGAAACCUUUUAUUUUUGUAACCGCAGCUCCUGUAGGAGCCCGAGUCUGUGUGUCAUGGGCACUGGAAUGAGUAAGGUUUUAGAUGGUCUCUAUCUUGGAAAUAUUAGAGACUCCCAGGACAAAGAUAACCUUGUAAAGAAUGGAGUUUCCCAUGUCCUGUCUAUCUGCCACAAUGCCAAGCCUGUACUUGAGGACAUGAAAUACCUUUGUAUUGCUGCAGCUGAUUCUUCAAGCCAAAAUCUGAUCCAAUACUUUAAGGAGUGCAUUAAGUUUAUCCAUGAAUGUCGAUUGGAAAAAGGAGGGUGCAUUGUUCAUUGUUUGGCGGGAGUCUCACGCAGCACAACAGUAGUGGUGGCUUAUCUGAUGACUGUAACUGACUAUGGCUGGGAAGAGUGCUUGUCUGCGGUGAAGGCUGCCCGAUCGUUUGUCAGCCCAAACUUUGGCUUUCAGCAACAGCUCCAAGAGUUUGAGGCAACUCUCGUAAAAGAGUAUCGGAGAUGGCUUCGAGCAGAAUAUGGUGAAAAUCGAUUUAAUGACAAGCAGGAGGUAGAAAAGCUGCUGUCUCAGUACAAUGAACAGCAAAAGCAACAGCAGUUGAGACUCGGGGAGCGCCACUGGACAAACCAUGCAUCGUCGGUCUAUCCUCUUCCCUACAACGCCUAUGGCAGUACUAGUCGCAGCUGGGUGAACAGAUAAGAGGACUGCCAGAGAAACACUGCUGAAUCAUUUUAUUCAUUUGCGAAUCAGCAAGAAUAUAUACAGCCAUAUGUACCAACUGUGCAAUAUGAAGCAGGAGAACGGCAUAUAAUUUAUAUACCAUUGUUUUCUCUUUUCCUAUUUAUCAUUUUCAAGUGUGUUUUCAUUGGCUACAGUGUGCGAGUUGUGCCUUUCUUUAAACUAAAGUGCCUAAUUAAGAUUGCAGUGUUAAAUUGUGCUGCUUUGGAUUUGUUUGGCACCUCCCUUUUAUCCAGAAUGGAUGCUUGCUGCAGUAACUUUGGGCAGUGCCAUUUAGGGCUAUAAAUUAUUUAACAGUCUAUAAAGUUGCUACUUUUACCUACAAGCAUUGACAAUGUUGUUAAGUGGACAUGAAACCAUAUAAGUUUUUUCAGUGCCGCAUGUGUCAGUAAAUGUUUACUUUUACUCAUUAAGCUAAUUGAAUUUUAAAAUGAUUAAAUAAAAUGGAAAAUUGGGUUUA